CUAAAGGAGAUCAGCCUUUGGACCGAAGCAGUUCUGAGAGUAAAUUGGACAUGAGUAUGCUGGUGGGGACAUGCUUGAGCCAAGAGAAACUGAUAUACCUGCCCUGUUUCUGGUCUUGGUUGUGCUUCCCCUGGUUACUUACAUCUUUCUAGGGAAAUGGAGCGAGGCUGCAAAGAAGAAAGAGUGGAUAAGUUUACUUGCUCAAUUGGCUGCUGAAGAAUCUCUUAGAGCAGAAGACAUGGCUGCUGCAAGUGUUAUCCCUCUUGUACCUUUGUCAAAUAAUGGGAUCCAUCAGUGUGCCAGAUGCUAUGGUCCGGCUACAACCCGGUGCUCUCAGUGCAAGUCUGUUCGCUAUUGUUCUGGGAAGUGUCAAAUUAUUCACUGGAGGCAAGUUCACAAGCAAGAGUGCCAGCAGUUGGAAAACAACUGCAGCAGCUCAUCUCCGGACUCUGCCUCAAAUGAAGAGUCUAUCGCUGAAAGGGUUUUCCUUGAUGACAAGAUGGAUUCACAAUCCUUUGGAUACAAUUUCAAGCAGCCUAGGCAUGAGAAGACUCUUUCAGAUGAUAUUGUUCUUCCUUCUGCAAGCACGCUUGCUUCUGCUACUGCUGCUUGUACGACAAUGCAUACAUCUGAAGUUCCCAUGAUGGAUAGAAAAUCUAUGGAAAAGCUAGCUUCCUGUAAAUUCAACAGAGAAAUGCUAAGAGAGGAGGGAACUACAUUAGAGUCCUUCGAACAAACUUAUAGGAGUAGGGCUAGAUGUUCCACCUCAUCAGAUAGCACUCCACCAAAAGAACCCAGUUUUAGACAUAAGUUAAGAGAAAGUGACUCCAUGCCCUCAGAAGAAAUUGCGGCAAACGACAAUGUUAUCAUCCGUGAUGGGUUUAGUAAUGGACAGACUAAUUCGAAUGCAAUGCAUGGAAGUCAUGAGUUUCAUAGCCAAAAUGAGAGCAUAUUUGAUUCAAGAACCAAUUUUGGCACCUCAAACUCCUUGAGUUCAGCAAAACAUGGCAUGAGUUCAAGUCAAAUUGGUACAAACUUAAUAGAUGGAGGAAACUUAGUUUGUGGAGGUAUAACUUCUAAUGAUGAAACCGCGGAGUUGAACUGCUCUUCUGGAAGGACCUCAAUGAAGCGAAGUACUAAAGCUAAAACUGCAUUGGGUUCUCCGGGAAAUAAAAUGUAUAAAUCACCAAAAUCAUCAAGAGAACAACCAUGUUCAGAUAUGGAGUGGAAGGAUGAAAUCUCAAAUGAGCCCAAAGCUGCUAGAGUAAAGGAGACAAUCCCUGCAAAGGGAAGCAAUGGGGUUACAAGCAUGGGAAUCAUGAAGAUGAUUGGUCUGGUCAAGUCAUCAAAACUUGAUAGACAGGAAUCUUCGGUUGUAAUCGUUGACAGGCAUAAGAAAAUGAAGAUGCUAUUUCCUUAUGAAGAAUUUGUGAAGUUCUUUCAGUAUGAAGUUUAUGACCUAGUGCCUAGAGGCCUUAUAAAUUGUGGGAACAGUUGUUAUGCCAAUGCUGUGUUGCAGUGUUUGACCUGCACAAAGCCUCUGACCAUCUAUCUGCUCCAUAGAUCACAUUCUAGAGCUUGUUGUGUGAAAGACUGGUGCCUCGUGUGUGAACUUGAGCAACAUGUCAUGACGUUGAAAGAAAGUGGGGGACCUUUGUCUCCAAGCAAAAUUCUUUUGCAUAUGAGGAGAAUAAAUGGCCAGAUUGGUGUUGGAAGUCAGGAAGAUGCACAUGAAUUUUUAAGGUUUCUAGUUACAUCGAUGCAAUCUAUAUGCUUGGAGGGUUUGGGCGGAGAGAAUGUGGUUGAUCCCAGAUUGCAGGAAACAACCUUUAUACAACAUACUUUUGGAGGCCGCCUUAAAUCAAAGGUCAAAUGCUUGAGAUGUCAUCACCAGUCAGAAAGAUAUGAAAACAUUAUGGAUCUCACACUUGAAAUAUUUGGUUGGGUGGAGUCUCUGGAAGAUGCUCUGACUCAGUUUACGAGCACGGAAGAUUUGGAUGGAGAAAACAUGUACAGAUGUGGAAGGUGUGCUGCAUAUGUGCGAGCUCGGAAGCAGCUGAGCAUACAGGAGGCUCCUAAUAUCUUGACCAUUGUCCUGAAGAGAUUUCAGGAGGGAAGCUAUGGCAAAAUAAACAAGUGUAUCACUUUUCCUGACAUGCUGGAUAUGGUCCCAUUCAUGACCGGGACAGAUGAUAUUCCUCCCCUUUACAUGCUUUAUGCUGUUGUUGUGCACUUGGACACACUGAAUGCAUCUUUUUCUGGGCAUUAUAUAUCGUACGUGAAGGACAUGCAAGGCAACUGGUUCAGGAUAGAUGACACUCAGGUCCUGCCAGUGCCAAUGACCCAGGUGAUGUCGGAAGGAGCAUAUAUUCUAUUCUACAUGAGGUCAUUCCCCCGCCCAGCAAGAGCCUGUGCUGGGAAACCUACCCAACAUCGUGCUUCCAGUUUUGCAAAGCACUGGACAGCAAAAACUCCAAAGCCAUCAAGACCAGGUCAAAGCAAAUCCAGCUGCCACUUAAAUGGCCAGGAGCCUUCCUUAGACUAUAGACGAGAAACAAAUAUGGGCUUUAACAACCACUCCUCUAAUGGGAUUCUUAGGAGUGCAAAUAGGAAUAGGCCGCCAGGGAUAGAGACUUAUGCCGAGUCAAUGAGCAUGGAGUUUUCAGAUGCUACAUCAAGUGAUUGGUCCAUUUUCACAAGCUCAGAUGAUGCAUCUUUCACCACCGAUAGUACUAGAGAUUCUUUCAGUACCAUUGAUUACGCUGAUGCAUGCAGUACUGAUCCACUUUCUUCAAUCUUCAACACCUUGUACGCACCGGAGUAUUCCUCUCGCAAAACUGUCUCAUGUAGGAUGUUUUCAAGCAGUAAAUCCCAGACAAAAUUUGUACCGGAAGGGAAGGAUUUUGUCGUGAACUCAUACCUGUCAAGUCGACCUCAUGGCAGAGUACAGAGAGGUGAGAAUACGAAACAGGUCAGCUCUCUUCCAGGCAAAACUUUCCUUUCUGAUGGUACCAGUGGUGUAUAUAUAAAACAUGGAAGUAACCCAAAAGAUGGUCCUUGUCGGACUUCUGUUUGCUGUAAACAGUAACUUCUAGGAAUUCCAUCUGAUUAAAUGGCAAAUUAGCUAGGUAGAAGGUGUGCCUCAAAUUUUUGUUUUUCAAUAGUUUGUUGAAUGGGGCACAUGAAUCAUAUUUUAUAUCUCAAUGAAAUUAAUAUUGUUGUUUCUCCUCUGAAAUUACAAUUUAUGAUAGUGCAAGG